AUGUGCAAUUACGUCCUCAUCGUCACCAAGUGCCGCCAGUGCGGCCGCACAAUCAGCUCGUCCCAGUCCGACUUUGUCUACUGCCCAUCUUACAAGAACGGCAUCGGCUGCCAGGUUGUUCAGCGAGACUGCCACACGCAGCUGAUCUGCUGCUCUAGCUGCCAGCGCGCCUACCAUCUCGAUUCUGCCAUCAACGAUCUCGCCCUUGUUGGUGACAAGGAGUCUGGUUCCGAUUCUGAGGAUGGCUCUGCUCCGUCUCAGUAG